UGCAAUCAGACAAUUGAAGAUUCUCGUGGGAGUUGGACCUAAACUAACUUGGAAAAGACAAAGAACCAAAGCGAAUACGUCAUCAUGUGUUUAGAGAAACUACUAGUGAGCCUGCUGCUCUUUAAUGUGGUGGGUCUACUAUUAGGAGCCACUGUGACCACUCGACGCAUCCAGCCGCGGGAGACGAACUCCUGCGAGGGUCGCCAGAGUCCAGGACCCAUUUGCGAAUCCUGCGAGCUGCUGGCCACCUGUGUGCGCCACUCGAAUGGAUGGGUGAACAUCCCCGUGGAGUCCUGCGACGUGGCCAAUGGAUAUUACUGCAAUGCAAGGCUGGGGAGCUGCACCAACGAGACGGGACCGUGUCAUCCCUUCGGGAUCGAGGGCAAUUUCCAGUGCACCUCGCAGGGCAUCUUUCCGGAUCCCUACGAUUGCCAGAAGUACCACAUGUGCUACUUUGUGGGCGCCACUCUGGUUGCCGCUGCCGUGGAUUGUGGCAACGACAAGGCCUUCGAUGCGAGGACUGGCCAGUGCACUUUGACCCUGAGCGACUCCGUGUGCCUGCAGCGACAGUACUACUGCCCAAAUGCCGGACACGUGGCCGCCUGGCCCACGAAUCCCAACAUAUUCUACGUCUGCAAGUCGACGGUUAACCAGAACCUGAACGACACCAUCGUCAUCUAUCCCUCGCUGCACAGGUGCAACGAUGGGGAGUCCUUCGUGGACUAUGUCUGCCGCAGUGGCUCGAAUGUCCUGCCGCCCAACACCGAUGAUCCCUCGGUCAUCAUCGAGGAUCCCAAUGACUCGGACUUCUCCGUGAUGCCCACCACCUGUCAGCACGUGGGUUUGAUAGCCGACGGCAACGAUUGCCGGAAGUACUACUACUGUUCAGCCCUGAAUGGCAGCCUGCGGCACAUGGAUUGUCCUGAGGGAACCCACUACCGCCCGGAGUUAUCCUCCUGCGUCCUGGGAACUUGCUAAAGGGGACGCUGUAUUGUAUUUUAUUUGUUCUUCUAACCAGAACCCUUAUCCCUAAAUAAACAUUCGAGUAAACGACACAUUAA